UCCAGACACCAGCCCCAUCCCAGUGAGGCUCCAGCCCCUCCCUGCGUCAGGCACUCGGCCCCUCGCUGACACCCGUUUCCCAGUCUUUGCUGCCCAAGGCGCCCCAUCCAGCUGCUCCCAGCAUGGCAGACACCUGUUUCUCCGGGUCCUGUGUUCCCACGGCCUCGGCCGUCUCGGUCUGCUCCAGUGACGUGAGCUGCGGCAGCAACCGAGUCUGCUUGCCCAGUUCUUGCACCGGCUCUUCCUGGCAGCUGGACGACUGCCCAGAGAGCUGUUGUGAACCCAGCUGCUGCGGCCCCCCCUGCUGCCCAGCCCCGUGCUGCCCAGCCCCGUGCUGCACACCGGCCUCCUGCCUGACCCUUGUGUGCCGGCCUGUCUGCUGCGUGCCCGCCACCUGCCAGGCAGCGUGUGAACCCGGCCCCUGCCAGGCUGUCUGCACCUCCUGCUGCUCGCCAUCCUGCUGCCAGCAGUCUUGCUGCCAGCCCACUGGCUGCGGGACUUCUUGUUGCCAGCAGUCCUGCUGCCAAGCCCCUUGCUGCGCUGCCUCUCCCUGCACGGUGCAGUCCUGCUGCUGCGUCCCCGUGUGCUGCAAGCCCAGCUGCUGCAUCGCCCUGCCUGUGUGCUGCAAGCCCAGCUGCUGUGUGACCACAGCCUGUUGCCCCGCCUCCUGCUGCUGCCAGCCCAGCUGCUGCCGCCCGGCCUCCUGCGUGUCCCUCGUCUGCCGGCCCGUGUGCAGCCCGGCCUCCUGCUGUGUGCCCGUCUCCUGCAAACCCAUUUGCUGUGCUUCCUGCUCAUCCUCCUCAUCUUCCUCUUCCUCCUCAUCUUCUUCUUCCUCCUCUUCCUCCUCUUGCUGCCUCUGCAGUGCACCCUCCUGCUGUCCUGCCUCCUGCUGCUGCCAGCCCAGCUGCUGCCUCCCUGCCUCCUGCGUGACCCUCGUCUGCCGGCCCAUGUGCAGCCCGGCCUCCUGCUGUGUGCCCGUCUCCUGCAAACCCUCUUGCUGCGCCCCCACGUCCUCCUGCUCUUGCUGCUGCGCCCCCUCCUGCUGUCCAGCCAGCACCUGCUGCCGCCCGGCCUCCUGCGUGUCCCUCGUCUGCCGGCCCACCUGCUGCAAACCCGCCUGCUGCGCUCCCAGCUGUGGCCAGAAAUCUUGCUGCUGACCACAGGCUGCUGCUCUCUGUCCCCCCGGCUGACGCCCCCUGUCUCUCGGGCCUGACUUUAACGGGCCUCCUGGAUCCAUCUUC